AUGUUAUCAAGAAUCCCAUUGAGGUCUCUUAGACAUUCAUCAUUGAGAGCAGUCUCAUUAUUUGAACAGCGUGCCCUUUUAUCAUCGUCAAUUAGAUGCUUACAACAACAAGAAUCUAACAAGGAACAAACAAAGGAAACCCUGGAAACAACGCCAAAGAAGAAAAGACCCUUAAGUAGAGUAGCCAUCGGUGGUACACCAACAACAAACAGAUGGGCUCCUCAAAACAGUGAAGAAUUCAUCUCCUGGAAAUCCAUUGUUGUGUUGGUUGUAGUUGGUGGUGUUGUUACUUAUUUCUUCUCAAGAGAAAAGGAAAGAUUAAGAACACAACGAGAAUUAGAACAAAAUCGACCAGUUGGGAGACCAUUAAUUGGUGGUCCAUUCUCACUUAUCGAUACCAAUGGGAAACCAUUCACUGAUGAAGAUUUAAUAGAUCCAGAUAUGAAACGAUUCUCGAUUAUUUAUUUCGGUUUUAGUCAUUGUCCUGAUGUUUGUCCCGAAGAAUUGGAUAAAUUGGGUGAUAUGAUUGAUGAAUUAAAGACUCAUAAUGUUCAAUUACAACCUAUUUUCAUUACUUGUGAUCCGGCCAGAGAUACUCCGGAAGUGGUUAAGGCUUAUUUGGCCGAUUUCCAUCCGGAUUUAAUUGGAUUAACUGGUGAUUAUAAUGAAGUUAAGAAUGCAUGUAAACAAUAUCGUGUCUAUUUCUCAACUCCGCCAAAUGUCAAACCUGGACAAGAUUAUUUAGUCGACCAUUCGAUUUUCUUUUAUUUAAUGGAUCCAGAAGGGAAGUUUGUGGACGUUAUUGGUAGAGAUAUGGAUGCUAAAGGUGGGGUGCAAAAGAUUUUGAAAUGUGCCGAUGCGUUCAUUCCUGAAGUGGAAUUGGAGAAAAGAAAAGCCGGAAUUUUUGGAUUUCUUUACAAGUGA